AUGGUCAACUGGCGUCGUCGUCGACACAAUACGUCUAACAGUCUGCCGAACCUGAAUCAAGAUCCUGCACAGCAGAACGUUCUAUCAAGAUACAAGCCGUGCAUGAUGACAACUCAGACUUCCGGAGUUGCGCUUGUGACAAACGCCGCGAAUGAUACAGGCCUAGCUAUACUGCACGCACUCAUCAAGGGCGCUUGUACACGAAUCGUCGUCGCCGACGCUUCGAGCAAUAUGCAGAAGCUUGUGGCGCCCUUGUCUUCCGACACUGUUCAGCUUCGUGUGGUUCGACACAAUCCCGGAGAUGACGAUGGCUGGGAUAGAGUGGUACAAGAAGCAGCUGGACACUUUGGAGAGAUUGAUUACUGCAUCAACUGCUCGCCUGUGACUUCAAAGUUCGCCACACCCAAGCCGACACUCGACCUUGACCCGGCAGAAUUCAAAGCUGGCUUGUACGACACGUCGAGAGAACUAUGGCUAGCAUGCAGAGCCCAGCUUCGCCAACUCACAACGCAAACCAACAGCAAAUCUACACGAAGCAUCGUCAACAUCAUCCCAUAUGGCAACUUUGGCACUCAUCCCGGACAUACCAUGCUUGCUGCUUCAUCUUAUGGACGGACUGGCAUGACCAAAAGUAUGGCCAAAGACUUUGUCACGUCUGGCAUUCGCAUCAACGCUGUAUGCCCUGGGCUAGUGGAAGGCGAAGUUGACACAGCGCCAGUGCUUGAGCAGCAUAUGAAGCUAUCCGCUGGGCGGCUGAUCACUCCUACAGAAGUGGCAAAUGCCGCUGUAUUCCUUGUAGGCGAGGGCGGGAAUGGUAUGACAGGAAUGGCGAUGCCAGUCGAUGGAGGCUGGAGUAUGACGCACAACUAG